CAGAGAGGCAACUUCCUAAAAACACAUUCCCUCACUCUGAGUGUGCUUGAGGCUGUUGUGUUGUCUGAAACUAUGCAACUUUGUCACUGACUUCUUCACACACGGAUUAAUCUCAGCUUCACCGGAGCUGACUUCUCUCCGGCACACACAUAAUCUGCUGCUUUCACUUUCACAGCGGAGGAGCGGACACUGAGGAACUUUAAGUUUCCUGGAUGGAAACGGACAGUCUGCUGACCGGGAGUGUGAACGGAGUCUCCGGGGAUUAUGGCUCCUCGUCGGGUACGGGGGUCGGAGGGGCCCCGGACAACAGACGGAUGUCGUACAGUGUCGCCGGAGGGUCGUGCAGAGUCGAGAGGGGCCCAGAUAAUGAGGAACUCUACAUCCAACAAGCUGUUGUGUUCAUCGAGGACGCCAUACAGUAUCGGUCCAUAAACCACAGAGUGGAUGCCCGCUCACUGCGCCUGUAUCGAUGGUACUACUCCAGGCUAUGCCAGUGGGGCUUGGGCCUCGUCAUUGCCAUAGUGUUGCUGCUGGCAUUCAUAGAGCGCCCGUCCUCCCUUACCAUCACCUCAGACCCCCGGCAUCGCCUUCGGCCCUGGGAGCCUCCCUGUGGCUUGACCGAAAGCAUCGAGAUGUUCUGCCUCAUCAUCUUCUGCAUUGAUCUUGCUGUGAAGAGCUACUUGAUCGGCUGGGACGAAUUUAGGAAGAGCAAAUGGCUGAUUGGCUACACAGCGGUCAUCACAGUCUCCAUUAUCGACUGGGUGUUGUCUGUCAGCAUGGUGUGUGAUGAGAAACUUCGAGUGCGGCGACUCCUCCGGCCGUUCUUCCUUCUGCAGAACUCUUCUCUGAUGAAAAAGACACUGAAGUGCAUCAAGAGGACGCUGCCAGAGAUCGCCAGUGUCAUCUUGCUGCUGGCGCUCCACCUCCUCCUCUUCACUAUGAUUGGCAUGCUGCUGUUUGCGAAAAGUGAGGAUCCAAAGAAGAACGGGGAGUGGAGGUUAUACUUCAGAAACAUGCGCAGUUCCUUAACGUCUCUGCUGGUGCUGCUCACCACAGCCAACAACCCAGAUGUGAUGAUCCCUGCUUACUCCCUGAACAGAGGCUUCGCCAUUUUCUUCAUCGCCUUCAGUGUGAUUGGAACCUACUGUCUGAUGAACUUACUGACAGCCAUCAUCUAUAACCAGUUCAGAGGAUAUUUACUGAUGUCUGUCCAGACGUCCAUCAUCAGGAGACGACUGGGGGUCCGAGCUGCUUUCCAAGUCCUCACCUGCCAGGGAUCCCAAGAGGCCGCUGAGGAGCAUGUGCGCGUAGAGGUGGUGCUGAAGGUGAUGUCCAGGGUCCAGAUGAAGAGCUACUACAGAGAGGCCAUCACUAUGGAGGCACAGCAGUAUGUAGACGUCGGCCACAUGGAUCGAGAGCAGUUCAAGAAGAUAUUUGAUGAACUGGAUAAAGAUCGUAUUAAAGAGCACCCUCCCUCGCCCCAGUACAACUCUCCAGUCCUGCAGAAACUCCAGAUGGUCUUCAGCCACUACUAUCUCACCAUACUUGGCAACGUGGUGGCACUGGCCAACGUCAUAUGCAUUUGUACCGUCCUGGUGUUGAAUUCUGAAAAGUCCACAGCAGAGAGAGACAACUUCGUCAUAGAGAUCAUCAACCUGUGCUUCAUCCUAUAUUACCUGUUUGAGAUGUGUGUGAAGAUCUUUGCCUUCGGUCCCAAGGGGUACCUGUCGUACAGGAACAACAUCUUUGACGGCUUCCUCACCAUCCUGCUGCUGGUCCUACAGAUCACCAUAUAUGUCACCUACAGGCUUCCUUAUUCUCAAUGGGACCCAGCCUUGCAUGGUGUAAUGUCUCUGUGGGAGAUGGUUCGUUUGAUCAACAUGCUGAUUGUCUUCCGCUUCCUGCGCAUCAUCCCAGAUAUCAAGCUCAUGGCGUUGGUCGCAAGUACACUGUUGGACCUGGUGAAAAACCUCAGAGCCUUUGCAGGGAUACUAAUGGUGGUGUACUAUGUGUUUGCUGUGUUUGGGAUCUGGCUGUUCGAGGGAGCCAUUAAACCUCCUCCAGAGAUCAGUGUGCUCACCAAUACCUCCAUGGAGAACGUCACCUCUAACUACAGCGUGGAGUGUGGCACCUACGAGCAGCUGGAAUACUGGCCCAAUAACUUUGAUGACUUUGCUGCGGCCAUCAUUUUGCUGUAUGACGUCAUGGUCGUCAACAACUGGCAGGCCUUCUUGGAUGCAUACAGCAGAUACACAACUGAGUGGUCAAAGAUCUACUUUGUGUGUUGGUGGCUCACCUCCUCCGUCAUGUGGGUCAACUUGUUUGUGGCGCUCAUCUUAGAGAACUUUAUCUAUAAGUGGGACCGCAGUCACAGCUGCUCAGUUACAGACGUGGAGAGAAUCAGAUAUGAAACCUCUGUUCAGCUCAUGUUCAGAGAGCAGAUCCAGGAGCCAACUGAAGAGGAAUUACUAUGUCAGCUACACCAACACCCACACUUACAGUUACACUGGUGACACACACACAGAACACCAGCACCCACAUGCAGCAGAGAGACUGCUAUUAAAUGAGUCGAUCGUGUGGUAGAAGCACUGAGAGGUCAAUAUCACUGCAUUCUACUACUAGUGUAUUUUAAUUUUAGAUUAUUGUAAUUUGUAAUGAAUACUACUGAAACCAGUAGGAAGCACAUGUUUUUAUGUGUCAUGUUAUCCAUGAACCACUGCGAGCUGCAGUUUAAGUCGUACACAGACGUCAUGUUACUGAGUUGAACAUGAGUGGGCGCAGCUAAAGAACCACAAGGUGUGUGCCAAAUCUAUACUGAAAUAUGAAACAGUAUCUGUAAGUGUCUUUGCAAUAAGUACACAAGAAAUGGCUUAAACUGUGACGACAAGAAGCUCGUGCAAUUUUUGAUUUGGAAACUGCACAUUGAGAAAGCAAAUCCGAAUUUCCAAAUGUUACUGCUUUAUUUUGAGUUUCACCAGAGUGACAUAAAACCUGAACUGACUAUGAAGUGUUGGGAGAAUGUUGGGCCAGGCUGGGGCCACAUGCGAUUUUAGGAGUAUUAAAUAUAUGUUAUCCACCACUGUUACACACCACCACCGUAGGUUUGGUGCUCCAAAACACAAAAAUUCAGCGUUAAUGUACAUUUUUUUUAUCAUUGUCCAUGAAUAAUCAUAUGCAACAGUUAGGGGGGUCCAGGUUUAAUAUUAUGUGGGCAGUGUUCCCUCUUUAAAACUGCCAUUGAGAGCUUCCAGAGCAGUCUUUUGCACUUUCUGGUUAAACCACUCAAAUUCAGGAGGUUUUAUUCUUUGAAAUGUUUCAUUUCACCCAACCAUAAAGAUCCAAGUAUAUUGUCAUCACACUCUGGCAUAUGGGUCAGCGAAGAAUGUAUGUAUGUGUAUGCACUGCUGCUGUAAAAUGAGAAUAACCUUUAUGGUGGUUGUUUACAAAGAAUUCACAGAUUUUAUCUUUGACUGGAUGCAGUCGUUACAUAGAAAACAAUGUGGAAACUCAAAAGUUAAGCAGCUUCACCAGCUUUUUGCUUUUUUAAAAAUCAGAUCUUGCUCCCACUUCAGCCCCUUUCACACAGGGAUCAUACAACUUUUGUGGAACAUGCUUCAGAUGCCUCUUGUUACAUGUGACGGACCAUCCUUAAUGGGUUUGUGUCUUUUCUCCUCUGCGCUGCAGGAGAACAGCAGUAAGUCACACAAUAAUAACAUCACAGCAUUUCAUUUGUUGUUUUUGUCACUGACAGGCUCAGAUUGGUAUUAUAAGUGUCUGACAACAUUAUGGAAAUGAUCCGUACAGAGAUAGACCUUCUUGUUAAACCAGAAACACCCCUGAAAUCGACAUCACCAAAGCCACCAGACUCCAUUUAAAUAAACAGUAAUUUUAUCAUUAUAAAACAUACGUCAUUCAAAGUUGACAGAAACAAAAUAAAAUUCCGAAAAACUGUCUUUGUCCAUCUUUCAGCUGUUCCAACAAUCACCAGCUCUGGUUUGGUUGAUAUAAACCUUUAAUCCACCAAGUUAGAUGUGAAAAUGUGCUGCUCUAUGCACGCUAAAAUCACUCUUUCUUUAAAUGGAGUCUGGUGGGUUUGGCGAUAGCGACUUCGGGGCUGUUUCUGGUUUAACAAAAAGGAUCUUACUCCGUUCCAAAAAGGUUUAUCUCUGUAGGGAUCCUUUCUAUAAUAUUGUCACACACUUAGAGGAACAAUCUGAACAUGUCAGUACAAAAACAAGCACCUUUAGUGGAUGUACAUUGACGCUGCACACACGAGAGACAACAUUGCAAUCUGUUUGGCUGCUGCCAGCUGCAGCAGUCUCUCAAUACCGGACCAGUUUUGAAAAAAUGGGCACGGGUACAGGUUGAAAAGUACCAAAGCUGACCUUUGAUGGGUGAAACAUGAAACAAAAUUGAUCAUAGAAAACAAGUGUCGCACACUCUCGCCACCACAUUUCAGUAUAAUAUACAUUUUUUAAUUCACUGUAUUCAAAAUGGUUAAAAUACAAAAUAAUUAAGUGUAUUACUUAUAAAUAGAUUGCAAAAGUUAAGGCAUCAGCUCUAAAUGAACAUCAUGAACAAGAGAUCCCUCUCCAUGGAUGAACAGACACUCAGUGAAUUACAGAGUUGACACAAAUUUAUAGAUAGAUGGUGAACAGUUUGAUUAUCUUGACUGUAUUAAUCAUUCUGGGCCAAUAAACAGUUUUAAAGUUAGUUAGCUGCAGGUGGAUAAUACAGAAAUACAGAGCACAAAUGUUUGCAGCCGAUGCAGUGGCAGCAUCUUGCACUUCAAAUGAUGCUUUUCAAUAGCGUUUUAGUGAUUAGCUGUGUGGCUCUGUGUCUGAGGUUCACGCCUGCUUCACUGAGCCUACCUGCUGGUCAGUUUCAUCACUGACAUAUGACACGCAUAUCUGUUGGCCCUUAUGUAACAUGUAACAGUGGCCAAACCACAUUAGAUAAGUACAGAUGGUAUUUAAUGAACAGCUGCUUUGAUCACCUGUUGCAGAUGUUUGUCUUGCAACUUUUGCUGGCAUGGUUACAAUGUGUGGAACGCUGUAAUCUGAGGGACUUAAUGCGGAGGACGUUAGAAAAACAUUAGGCAUGAACAAGGAAGCACACACACCUUUAACUGGAAAGCAUUCCUGCACUCAGGAGCAGGAGCAGCUUUGUCUUUUUCCAUCUCUUUUUAGAGAGUCUCUGCACAUUACUGCACAAAAGCCCAGUCCUGAUUAAAUGCCUUUUUUAAUAGAGGUUCUUUGGAUGUAUAAAACCGGGUUGUUGGCUACCUCAAAUUAUGUGUCCAUUCCUCAGUUACCCUGUAAAUUAUUCAUAAUACUUUAAUCUGUAAGGGUCCUCACAUUAAAAGAAUCAAACGAGUUUUUCAUAGAAAUUAUUUCAAGUUAUGAGUAUUGUUUUAACAAAACAUUAAAAAUACUGGUGUUGUGUUGGUGUGCCAGAUGACGUAAUCUUCAAGUGACGUAAAUCUCAAUUUGAUGUGCUGUCUGUUGGAGCAAGUAAUGUUCAUACUGGCUUAAAUGAACAUUGUGUUUCCUAUCUUUGCUAAGCAACAGUUUUGUGUGAGACAUCAAAGGCCUGUCCCAAAUAUAGGCCUGUUGAUUUCUGUGAUUUAAGCAAAUAGUAGCCCAGGCUAUUAAUUGAAGUUUUUGGUACAUGUGCAAGUUUUUUCUCAUCCAUGUAAGUGCAGAAUUUCAUAAGUGGUUCGCGCUUUCAAAAAAACUGUCUUUUGUUUGUCUUCGCUUCUGGUGUGGCAGUCAGGGAGAGAGAACAGACAGUAAAAAAUGUGUAAAAGUGCAUAUAGUGCAAAGUCCAACAUGGACUGAAACGUUAGCACUAGAUGUACUUUUGCACAUUUCUCACAGCCAGUAGAGGUAAGUAGAGACAUUCGAAAAUUCAGACUCUAAUCUGGAUCUCUUUAGUUCUCUGUGUGCAAGUCUUCCAUUGCUGCGUUUAGCAUUUCAUAAGGAAAUGUUAAAAAAUGUUCUAUCUCACAAUGACUGUUUACUUUCUCUUGGAUCCACACCACGAACCAAACACUUGUUCCUUAUUGACCUGUGGCACACACACACACACACACACACACACACACACACACACACACACACACACACACACACACGUGUGAAAGGGGCAUAUACUCUGGGAGUAUCUGUGGUGCUGGUGAGGCUCCACGCUGGAUUAACAUCCAUUUACUAGAUUAAUUAUCAAAAGCUCAGUAAAUAUUAACAGAUGUUUUAUCUUUGCAGAGUGGUGUCUGCCAUAACACCAGUGUAUUUAGACUUAUUUUGAAACUACAUUUCUAGAUUCUUUCUAGAAAAGACAAAUUGUGCCUUGGUAUUUAUAUAAAUACAGUUUCAAUGCAGUUUAUUUGUAGUAAAAAAAAAGGGAAUAUAUUUUUAUUGAAAGCGGUCUGGAUGUGUAGGGAAGUUCGAAUUAGAUUUUCUGAUAUUUGUAAUAACUUGAGAUACAGUUUGUAUUUCAGUCUGUAUUUGUGAACUCUUAUAACUGUGUAUAAAAUGAUCCAUAAAGAGAUUUUAAAUAAAUAUUUUGCAAAAAAUCAAAGACU